AUGCGUCUCCAGCUUCUCUCCCUGCUCUUGCCUCUGGCAGCUGCACACACCACCGGCUCUCUGCAAGCUGUCAUCAGCGACCAAUCCCUCAGCAUCAACGGCGUCAAUUUCAGCACUCGCGCCUAUUGGAUGAGACAAGCAAAUGCCGCCCUCGGUGAACUGGUGUCUCCCUGUCCGUUUGGUGCAUUCGGGACAGUGAUCGUGAACCACACGGCAGGCGGGCUAGGCGAGCUGGUCUGCAUGGGCGCGAAUAACAUUUCGUUGACUGGCAACCCCUCCAUGCAUGGAGAGAUAGCAGCCAUCAAGAACUGUUCCGAGGUCUUGACCGACCCGUCGGGUCCAUACAACAUGACUCCUUCGGAAGCGCAACAAGCCUUUACCAGCUUGUCGCUGUACACGAACGCGGAGAGUUGUCCGAUGUGUGCUUCGGCUAUCCGAUGGGCCGGGUUCAAAGAAUACAUAUAUGGCACGUCUAUCGAAACGUUGAUCGCCCAAGGUUGGGGUCAGAUCCGGGUGUCCAGUGUGGACGUGUUCUCCCAGAGCUUCGACCUGACUUACCCGACGAGGCUUAUCGGAGAGCUUCUCACAAAUGAGACCGAUCCUUACUUUCUGUGGCAGUACAACCCAAGUUAUCCAUGCCCGUCAGGCUGUCACCGUGGGUCGUCGGGUUCUUGUACAGCAGAAUAA